CGCGAUGGCGCGGGCGGGAGUGGCAGUGCCGGAUUUCGCCGCAGCUCCAACUCCAUUUCCUCCUCGAUUUCCUCCUCCUGGAAUCCCUUCGGUUGUUCGUGUCGGGGCGAUCCAGCAGCGAUCCAGCAAGCGCUAUUGCGGCGUCUGCAAGGCGAGCGAGAAGGAUCAACAAGAUAAAAAAAUCGAGGAGUCGAGAAAAUUCCAGCUCCAGGCAACCGAGGUUCUAGCGGAGAUUCUCAAGUCGGCCGAGAAAGAGAAGCGAGCGGAAGAACUCGUGGACAACUUAAACGAGGAGUUCUUCUACAUUGCAUCAACAUAUCUAUCGAUGGCAAAGAAAGAAGCCAAUGUAGAAGUGGUAAAUCAAGUCGAGAAUGCCUUGAAAGCAGCCAUGGCAGCCAAGGACAAGACACUACGCCCGGAGAUCCGGCUCUUCAACAAAGCUUCUAAGGGACAACAGCUCGGCCGAGCGGCAGCAAACUAUCUCCGAGAACCACGCAUACCUCCACGAAGGCAGCUAUUUCUUCGAGCUGCUCGAUCGAAUGACCAAGGACGUCGAGUCCCAGAAGAGCUCUCCCGAUCGAACCAAGCUCGUCAGCCAGCUCCAGAUCAUCCGCAAGCAAACCAGAGACGUGGCCAAGAUGCUCAAGCGAGCUUCACCAUCCAAGAACUAAAGGACGAAGAACAAAGCUACGAGAGAGAAACUCAUCGGGGCCGUUGGAUGGAUCCUCGCUCUGGAAUGCCACUAACUGACCCGGAAGCUUUCUCUUUAAUUUUUGCAAGCUUUGAGAGCGCCAACUUUUCGAAAACUUGUUGUAGCGGCAAAGGGUGGUGGAAAGAAUGCGACUUAAAGCUGAGCUCUCGCUCUCCUUUGAUAUAUCAAAUUCCUAUGGUGUUUCUAGAAGGUCGGGUUUUGAUUGAUUUCUAUAAUGUCCUGGCGCGUGCAAACUAUUCUGAUCGAUCGAUCGAUUAGAGAGGAUAGCACAAAAACAAUGGUUGCACAGAACCAUCAAUACCAAAUCAAUCAAUCAUACACUGGAUGGGAUUUUUUUCCCUUGAUAUACUCCCACGCUUGACGACGAUCUACUUGCGAAGAAGAAGAGGACAAACAAAACCACAGCUCCAAGCUUGAGUAGCGCCAAAAGCUUGUAGGAUCUUUUCCUCGUAGCCUUUUGGAAGAUGCAAACAAAUAAAAUCAACCAAGAGAUCACUCUUGAUCUCUUAGAUUUUGGAUAGAUCUCUCUGAUGAUCGAGGCGAGCAAGAGUAUGUGUCCUCGCGAUCCCGCGCGCGCGCGUGAGAUGGAAUGCACCCCUCUUCUUCCUCCCCGGCAUUUUGUCUGCAUGAGAAUUGGAGAAAGCUCUGCUAAAGGCUCGUCUCUCCCUCG